AUUAAAAAAACAAUAGUUUUUUAUAUGUGCAGAAACUUAUAAAAUGACCAGAAAGAAUCAGCUAUCGAUUCUAUAUGACAUUAAUACUUUUGAAAAUGUAAAAUAUAUAUCCGAUAUUUAUAAAUUAUAGCUGCUACUUUCAAAACAAAUAAAAAGUAUAAGUCAGGUACAAUAGCAAAAAUCGAUAACAUGGUACACAUAAAAUGGAUGAACCAUGAAAAUGUCAUUGACGCGCAAGACAAGGAAGCAAGCAAUCGUGUCAAGAAGCGUGCAGUUUUGAAAAAAAUGGCGUCCACGACAGAUCUUGCGUCUAUAGUGCUCAACGAAAUGGAUCUUCCAGAAGAUUUAUUCUGGAUUUUUGAAGGUCAAAAUUUUGAUUCAAGCACUUUGAUUAAUAUAUCGAAGGACGAGUUAGUGGCGUUGCUGGCCGAGACUCGGAGCUCUGAGGGACAGACAUGGAAUAUCGAUGAAAUUUUCCGACGAAUCGUUAGCUGGAGGCAGGAACACGGACACGAUAUCAUCGGAUUUUCAAAAGUGGAGGUUGAAGAAUGUUGGCUAGAGUCACAGGAAUUAAUCACAUCUGAUACAGAGUUUUCUCAGGAACAAGUGGCAGUUGUGGAAACAAGCACGAACCAUGAAAAUGUCAGUGACGCGCAAGACAAGGAAGCAACUCAAGAUGAAGUCGUGUGUCAAAAGGAUUCACCCACGCAAAGCUCUGUGUGUCCCGAAGUCACUAGUCAAGACUGCUCGGUGAUUGUCGCUAUGCCCCGUUUCUUGAACAACCCCUCAACUUCGAAUGAAACUCUUCCCACUCAAAUUCCCACGGCAACUACCAAUUCGUCAUCGGAUACACCUUCUGAAAACGUCAAUCCAGCUGCAAAUGAAGUUCACGAAAAAUCAAACAAUUCAGAUAUAGGCGCUGAAAAGAACGACGGAUGUGCUUCAUGUUCGAUGCAUUUUUCUCCUGUUACGCUUACGCGUCUGCUGGACACCACCGUCACAGGAAAGCAGAUUUUACAAAGAGGAUCGUUGGGCCUAUUGUCGAAGGACAGCCAAAAGGAACUUGUGGCGAUUGUGGCAGACUAUCAUUGUCAGCGAGGAGCCGAGACGAACGAGCGAGUCCUCGAGGAAUACGUCAACUCCAUCACAGCCUUGUUUAAAGGCGAAACCAAAGAAUUGUACUUUAUUGCGCGAGGAGGAUCUAAAAAAAAUCCAGGCGGGAAGCUUUACAAUCGGAUUGUCAAUAUGAAGCAAAAGACGGCUAAACGAAAGUGGAAAGAAGAGGAACACUUAAACGAGAGCCAGAGUAAUUCACUUUCAUCGACUGACGUCAUUACCAAGGAGGCGAAGGAAGCAGCUGUGUGGCUCCAACAAAACGAAAAGCCUUGGUCUGCCACACUUGAUAAGUGGACCUAUUCAUUUCCGCUGCGAAAAUCGAUGCUAAGAAAGUCCGACCAGCAAACAACACUUUUUCAGGAAUACCACCAUUAUAAUGACGAAUUCGGCUACCAACUAGUCGACAUUGAUUUUCACUUGUUAAGCAUUGGUAACAGGGAAGGCUGGAAGAAGUGGGAGUUAUUACUUCCUAAAAUUAUCAAGUAUAUUGAUAGGCCAUACAAGGAAGAGCCCUCGAAAUCUGCGUUGAAACUUCUGAAGUCAUCUAACGUGAGUCAGUGUCAACAAAUCUGUUGUGUACUGCUUCUGUUGAACAACCAUCUAAGACCAACCAAAGUAACACGAACAUUCAAACCAUCGGUCUUAUUUGCACAAGAGGAGAUCAUUUCAUUUGCAGAGACGGAUGAGCAAGUCUACGAAAAAGUGAAAGCGCUAAAUGCCAUAAAUUCACGCUACGGAAUUCCUUCGAUAGCACGUAUCGUAGUACGAGGCAAAGACUUAACUUUGUUGGCUGGGAUAUUUGAAGUUCAUUACAACGAGACGAUUUACAAGCUUGAUUCUGCAGCGAAGGCGAUCGACGUGUUGGUGAAGUUGAACAGUGUCCUCGGACUGCCUUUUUCGCGGAUUUCCGGGUUGGUGUGGAACUUCAUCUGUUCAUUUGUAUACGAUCUACAAAUUCCUGAACAAUACGAGUCCAUCAUUAAGAUCAAACGCUAUUUGGAUUCGUAGUGAUAAU